CUGUGUAAAAAUAUUGCUGACAGAUUCAUUCCGUCUGCCGGUACAGUACAGUGGCACCGUGGAGGACAGGUGCUUGUAGUAUAGCUAGUUAUGUGACAGAGCUGCUACUGUUGUAGUGGUCGCCUCAACACUCUCUACAUCAAGAGAAAAGAACUAUAGCUACGCUAGAACUACUACCACCUUGGGCCCACCUUGGACACCUAGUACCUGGACCUUUGAUGCCUACUUAAUAUCUACAGGCUCUUCAGUUUAUAUAUCACAGGCCAUGGCUGAAUCUUGGAGACAAAAGCAAGUGGAUAUUGAACACUGGCUGCAAGGCAUUCAGGUGUGAGCAAACUUGUGAUAACCUUCAUACUGUGUAAGGCGCCUGACAGGGAGCUAACUUCUAGCUCUGACAUUUUAACAACAGACCAGACCACAAUAUCAUCACCAAUCGUCACACCAUUCUCCUCUCCCCCAAACAACACAGAACUCUUAUUCUCACCUCGUCCACAGCCCACUCCUGUCAAUGAAUCGUUGGCUUUCAUCUCCAUUCAAUCCAAACUCACAGUAUCUCCUCCUGCUAUGAGCGACCCUAUCGGCAGUACCAAUAGUCCAUCGUAUGACACUGUGUCCAAAGGUAAUUCUCCAGAAUUUGGAUACACUCAAAGCAGGAAAACCCAGUCUCCAUUGCCAAUGGCUACUCCAGAACAGAAGUUACCAAGUUUUGGCACAUUUGACGAAGAUGACGACCCUUCACAAGAUGUUGAUAUAAAGCGUGUUAACAAGUGGAUCAACAGACCUCCAAGUAACCCAAUGAGAUAUUUCGGUCGUGCUUCAACCUCACCCGUUCUAUUGCAUAAAGACCAUAAUCCUAUUAAGCGCAAAGAAUCUGCUCCAAUUGCCUUGUUCAGAGGCACUGCUGUCCCUAGAUCAAACCUGGCACAAACUCUUACCGUGGCUACCCUUUCCCGUAAGAAAAGCCUCAGUGAACAAGACGUCAGUCAACUUGUGGAGAAAGAAAAAGAAAGACGAACGAGUAAAGGAGGGUAUUCCUCUGAUUCUGAAGUGAAAACAAAUAAUCCUGAGCCUCUAAAUGAUGACUCUAGUGACUUACAAAGCUCCACAGGUGCCUGUGGACUUGGCAGUGACCUGUCUAGCUCUGACGGAGGGUGUAUUAGUGACAAGAGCGCAGUAUUACGGCGGGCACGACUUGCUAAUGGUAUGUUGCUGUCGGCAGAGAGUGUGGACGUGAUUGAGACUAGACUGAGAGAAAGAAGACUCGGACUGGGACCUACAGGGGGUCGAAAUGAUGAUGCAUGUACGUCCCCAGCACUGCUACUCUCCCCGACAUCGCCCCCUCCACACCUCUCACGCCAAUCUCGUCUCUCACGCAGUCCCACGCCCACUCCACCCACCUCACCUUAUCACCUGUCCAUCGUCCCACUCACUGUGCACUCAGGGACACCACCUCAUACGAAAGCAACUCGAGUCACCCGGGAGAACGAGCUAGGGAUAUCCAAGAAGCAGCUGACACAGUUCAAUAUGUCCCAGCAGUUUAGCUUCGAUACGACCAAUGAUGAGGACUUCAAUAAACCUGCCAGACACCCUAAGUUCCUUAAGAGCAGUUUUCUGACCGGCACAUCUCUCUCGAGCCUUGGUAUGGCCACACACCAUCGCUCACAUUCUGAUAUGAGCUUAAUCAAAUCACAAUCCAAUUCUAGACACGGCUCACUUCGCCACGACACUACAAACAUUUACAGUGCUGAUCGUCGAUACAAGUCACAGCUUGAUCUAUCAUCAUCUAAAGUACAUUCCGAAGUUGACGGAAGUAAACCGCUGACAAUAUAUGAGCAGGUUCAGUUGAAGAAGUUGCAAACAGAGGGAAAAGAGGGAAGGACAAGUGGAAGCUUGAAAAAGACAAAAGUAUUUAGACAGGACUCGGGAUUGGGUACUCUCUCUACUAUUUCAUAGCAUUUUCUUUUCCUGUUUUGUCUGAUUGUUUGUUUAUGAAUACAUGUACAGCA